GUUAAAGAGUUGUCCAUGGGAGGCCGGAGGAGAGGGAAGAUCGCGCACUGUUGCUGGCCUUUCCUCCUCCAUCACAAGCCCUAGAGAACCGAUACUGAUCCAACUCCGACGCAACGUGCCCGCACGGCAUCACCGGAAAUGGAGUGGUUGAACGCGACGGUGUCGGAGCCGUACUACCUCUUCCACCUCCUCGCCUUCUUCUCCUACCUCCCGAUUCGCUGCUCCGCCUCGCUCGUCCUCUCUCCCGACCUCACUCACCUCCUCCUUCGCCGAGAAAUUCAGGCGGUCUUGGCGUUUCUGGCAUUGGCUGCUGUCAAGCUUGUGCGUGAAGAAACAUGGGAUGCCUUCAUAGCCGAUUCUUUGUUUUUCUCAAAGGUUUUUCUUGUCGUUGUAACAUUAGUGAUUGAUUACCACCUGGCUCUCUGGUACAUUCUGAUAUUCCUGGUGAUAUUUACAUUGACCCAGCAACCUGUGUCUCAAUUCUUAGGUACGGCAAGCAAGUUAACGCCACUGCAAUUAGAAACAGUACUGAACGAUGGGGGCACAUCAAGAUUCUGGCUGGUAGAGUUUCGCUCUUCGUGUUCCUCUUCCUGCAUUCGAGCAAGUCGAUGCUUUGCUGACCUCUCAAUAACAUAUUCUAACAAAAAUUUGUCCUUUGCGAUAGUGGAUCUUGGGCUCUUUCCUAUUGUUGCAGAAAAAUUUGGAAUAUCUCUUGGGAGCAUGGCCGAGCUUCCCACAUAUAUAUUAUUUGAAAAUGCAACAGAAAUAGCACGCCUUCCAGAUAUUGAUCUUGGAGUCAAAAUUUCCUAUCCUCCCAUUACUAAGAGACUACUUUCCCGGCGUUUUGAGCUUGAUCGUCUCCUUCUUGAAUAUGUGAAUGGCAAAUAGGCAGGACACAGCAAAAUUAUUUGCAUGUUUGGUGCUCUGUUUUAUCACCUUUUCGGCUGGUAAAUGUACUGUUUCCCACCAUUAUGUGGGCCUCUAGCACAUGGUCAAAUUGGGACUCCCUUUGGAUUCUUGUUAAGCUCUAAGGUCCUACGUGCAUCGACGAUGUCUCAUGUUUCUUAUUUAUUUUCAGGUGUUGCACGUUUGAGUGGGCUGUGCACUGUUUGAAUGGCAUCCAAGCUUAAUUGAUCCGUCUCUUUCAUUCACCACAUAGGUCUGGAGACAUUGUAAGGAAAGAAGAAUUGCUGCUACUAAUUCUAAGCAUGCUGUUCGGCACUACUGAUUGCCGAUUGGUCUUUGACAGUCACGAACCUGGUAAGAAAGUGGUGGCACAAAGAACAAAAAAACCCGGUAAGAAAGGGAUGCAACUAGAGCUAUAACUUAACCAGAUUUUUGCCACGUGAAUAGGGAUGAACCUGGCAGUUGUGUGAGACGACGACGGCAUCUAAAAAUCACUAGCAAAUGUUUCUCUUUUUCCUCUGUCUUGUCCUUCUACGUUUUUUUCCUUUUUGCUCUUGAUGUUUCUAUAUUUGGGUGAUAUGUCGGGUAAAGUCUAAAUAUCAUGUUUUAGCUUAGCACAGCGAGCAUGAGGGGAUACUACUGUAUCCGGUUAAAUUGAGAGCUCUCUUUAGUUUUUAACU